AUGAAACGCAAGUUAGAAUUACACCCUGAAACUGUCCCGCCACCUUCAGUCACACGCGUCUUUCAAAUGAUAGUGUCGGAGUUUGUACCCGACGACUUGCCAACGAUCAACGACAAGCUUUUAAUGCUUGAGGAGUCGUGGUGGUACUACAUAGAUGUGUACCGCCUCCUCUACCCCGAGCUUCCUCCCUCGGAAUUUUCCGAUUUUGUCAUAAAAGCCGCAUCACUUGUCCCUUGCCUUUUUCCAAUGAAACCCGCGCUCGGGCCAAACACCCUUGAGCGGACUCUUUCGGAGUUUAACGCAUACAAGUCGAACAUUCCAUGCUAUGGAGCGAUUUUAUUGGACGAGACGUUGGAGUACAUUUUACUUGUCCAAGGCUUUGGGACGAACAAAUGGGGGUUGCCUAAGGGCAAAAUGAAAAUUAAAGAGGCGCCGAUGGUGUGUGCAGUCAGAGAAGUUGAAGAAGAGAUUGGAUUGAAUAUUCAACAGUAUAUGAUCGAAGAGUGCGUCGAGACUAAAUUGGGAAAGAAAGACGUGACGUACUUCUUUGCGCCUUAUGUCCCAAUUCAAUCAAUGUUACAACCAAAUAGUCGAAUGGAAAUCAAUGUCAUCGCGUGGCAUGAGAUUCAAACUGUUAAACAAGAGGUUCUAAGGAAGAACCAAGAAUUCAAUUUCAUCAAUGGAAACAUCUUGAAGGAAAUAUUGAGGUUUGUUGCUAAGAAGAAAAAUACGCAUUUCGAUGAGAACGAAAUACAAGUCACACCAAAUAACCAGGUUGUCAAUGAUUUGUCUUUCGGGUUGAUGUACUUCCUGAAAUUAUAUUCGACGGCUUUUAAAAGUGAGUGCCUCCAUAGGUGA